CAAACAAACCUCAGGUGACCAACUCCCCCACACAGCACUCUCUCUCUCUCUCUGUGUGUGUGUCGAUAAAAUCUCCGGUUAGCCGGCCGGCGUGCUUGCUAUCUGCUCAAGCUCGUGGAUCACUGGUGGUACGUGAUGGUCCGGGGAAAGGCGGUCAUCGAGAGGAUCGAAAACACGACGAGCCGGCAGGUGACCUUCUCCAAGAGGAAGAGCGGGCUGUUCAAGAAAGCCAGGGAGCUGGGCGUCCUCUGCGAUGCGCAGGUAGCCGUCCUCCUCUUCUCCAACACCGGACGCCUCUACGACUACUCCAACUCCAACUCCGGGAUGAAAUCCAUAAUUGAAAGAUACCAACAUGUUAAGGAGGGCCAACAAUUCAUGAGUGCAAGCGCUGAGGCUAAGUUCUGGCAAGCGGAGGGAGUGCGUCUGAGGCAACAACUACAUAACUUGCAAGAGAAUCAUAGACAGUUGCUGGGACAACAUCUAUCUGGCUUAGGUUUGGAAGACUUGAGGGGUUUAGAGAACCAGCUGGAAACAAGCAUACAUAACAUUCGGCUAACAAAGGACCAACUUAUGAUUGAUGAAACUGAAGAGCUAAAGAAGAAGGCAAGCCUCGUGCACCAGGAAAAUAUUGAGCUACACAAGAAACUAAACAUCAUUCGUCAAGAGAACAUAGAUUUGCAAAACAAGGUGCAUGAGUAUAAGCAGUGGCGGAGCCAGGAAAAAAGGAUGAGGAGGGCCGAGUGUUGCUGAGCCUCGUCAGGGAGGGCCAGCCCACCAUAAUACACCAUUUUCAUAGCAAAUAAUCACUUGUUCAGAUGUAUAUUAGGCUUAAAUCAGUUGUAUUAGGGGGGCCAGGGCCCCUGCUGGUCCCCCCCUGUCUCCGCCACUGAGUAUAAGAGUCCAUCGAUCCAUGGAAAAAUAAAAUAAAAUAAAACAAAGGGAGU